AUGGAAAAGGAAGUCAAAGUCGAAACGCUGCAGACACCCUCAAUCGAACCACGGAAUGUUUCCGCCGUUACAGUGGAAGACCCUUGCUGGUACACUCCGAUUCUACGUUUCCUUGAGACAGGGGAGUUACCUCCCGCUAAGGGCGAAGCACAGAAGAUACAAACAAAAGCGUUACAGUACGAAAUCAACAAUGGUGUCCUAUACCGAAAAUCUUACCUGGGCCCCUUGCUGCAAUGUGUUUCCCCAACAGAGGCAAAGUACCUCAUCAGCGAAAUACAUGGGGGUCUGUGCGGUAUACAUGCCGGACCUCGAGCAGUGGUAGCCAAAAUCCAUAGCGCGGGGUACUACUGGCCAGGGAUGCACGAAGACGCCGUAAUGGAACUACGAAAAUGCCGCAGCUGCCAGAAAUUCGCUCCUCAAACAAUAAGGCCUAAGAACAGCCUAGUGCCGGUGACAGCGGCGUGGCCUUUCCAGAAAUAG